AUGCCAUCUCCGUCCGCUCCGAGCCGCCUCCGCUUUUUCGCCCCUCCGUACCCCACCUAUCAUCGCAAACGGACAAAAUCGGACGACACCAAGCUACCGCCCAGCAACGUUAUAUCCCUUCUUCGCCGCAAUCCCUGUCCCGGUGGCUGCUGUGGGACAUCUUCGCAAGCUGGUCCACCGUAUUCCGUCACCGUCCCGCUUGUUCUCCUCCCUCACACAUUUUUGGGCACGAAUAAUGAACACCAUGUCACCGUCAUCAUCGUGAAAUUCAGGAGGGAUGACGCCGACGUGGUCGGAUCCGCAACACAUUCGAGGGGUUCCGUAUCCCACUGCGCGGUACAGUGGCGAGCCAGCGCGAUCUUCAGAGGAACGGACCGGCUGGUUUCGGAAUCGCGUCAUGUCGACCCAUCGAGCUCCCCGCCGACAGCGCGCGUCUCGCGUUUGUAA